AUGAAUACCAUCUGUGUUACCGGUAGUACUCAUUACAUACAACAUUCGAUGAAGUUGAAGAAUAAUCACUUAUUUGUAAUAAUGGAAAAAAAUCAUUAUUAUAAACUUGGUAGUGAGAAAAAUGCCAUUAAGAAACUUCUUGUACCCAUGAGUGCUAUCCGCUACAUGGUUAAGCUCAAUGAUAAGGGACACCAUUUAGUAGAUUUAGGAGGGAAAUACUGUGGUGUUAUUAAUAUAAAAAAUAUUUUUAAUUUUUUCUACUUCCCCACAAAUCCCUCGAUUAUUCCACAUGCUGUGGAUGUAAUUCUAAAGAAAUUAAAUUUGUCUUUAAAGAAACUGAGAAAAAUGGUCGCUUUCGAGAAACCAAGAACAUGCACCAAAUUCUCAAAGAAUACAAUCGAAUCAACUGGUGUUCUCUUCGAAGACGAAGCUGAAACACCCGAUGGCGGAUUAGAUAAGAAUAUUGAAGCUUUUAAGAGUGCCAAUAAAAAAUUGGAGCUAGUAUGGCAAAGAGUAGUAUUUUUUGUAGUUACGCACGUUGCUGGAAUCUAUGGUGCCUAUCUAGCAGUAGUCUUGGCAAAAUGGCAGACUAACAUUUUUGCUUUCAUCCUGACAAUAUUAUCAUCUCUAGGCAUUACUGUUGGUGCCCACCGUUUAUAUGCUCAUCGUGCAUUUAGAGCAAAACUACCUUUGGAGGUGCUGAUACUUUUCUUUCAGACAAUGGCCUUUCAGUUUUCAGCAUAUCAUUGGGCUCGCGAUCACCGAGUUCAUCAUAAAUUUUCGGAGACCGAUGCUGAUCCACAUAAUGCUAAACGAGGUUUCCUUUAUGCUCAAAUUGGUUGGCUUUUAUACAGAAAACAGCCAGAAGUGACAAUCAAAGCAAAAUCAAUUGAUUUUUCUGAUUUGAAAAGCAACCCUCUGGUAAUGUUUCAACAUAGACAUUACUUCAUUUUAACCCUUAUUAUUUGUUACAUCAUGCCCACAAUGGCAGCAAUUUAUUUUUGGAACGAAACAUUUUCCAAUGCAUUAUUUGUAACUGCUAUGUUGCGUUGGAUAUGCGUCUUUCAUGGCAUAAAUACCAUCAAUAGCUUUGCGCAUCUAUACGGAAAUAAACCUUAUGACAAAAAUUACAAUCCAUCUGAAAAUAUUAUAGCCAGUAUUUUGACUGUGGGCGAAGGAUGGCAUAACUAUCAUCACGUUUUUCCCUGGGAUUACAAGGCAAGCGAGUUGGGACACUAUGCCCUGAAUUGGGGUACUGUAUUCAUUGAUUUCUUUGCAAAAACUGGUUGGGCUUACGAUUUGAAGUCUGUUUCACCGCAAAUGAUUAAAAACCGUGUGCAUCGGACAGGUGAUGGCAGUCAUCCCAUUUGGGGCUGGGGCGAUAAAGAUCAAGGCAUCGAGGAAAUUAAAAGUGCAAUUAUAUUUUAA